CCGUUGAAAGGGGAAGUAAAACUAUGUUGCCUUGUUUUUCAGCGUGAAUCAGCCGAGUACAGACGUUGUCGCACGGCAACGUUUCAUAUUUAUCUGCAGGGAACCUUUCAAACUUGUCAAGGUGGAACCCGUGGAGAAAAAAAAAACAACAACGAGGGGGACAAAAAUGCAAACAUUUAGCUUUCCAGAACGACGGUAAUUUGAGAGGUCGCACGCGCUUCCUGGUCCGUUGAACUCGAGACAGAAACAAAGUCCGCGUGCAAGUUAAACAGAGCCAAACAGACAGAAAUGGAUCAUACAUCCACGCAGGACGCACACCAAAGCAAGGGCUCCUUGUCUCGGCACAGAGAACAUAGCGAUGAGGCUUUGGACAUGAGGCCCACUGACAGCUCAGUGCCUCCCUCCCAGGAUGAAAAAAGGGUGAUCAGAAGAGUACGAAGUCCAUCCAGACCAAGGGCGUGGCAGUCCAAUUCUUACAAGCCAAAAUUUGGAGGGCGAUACUACAAACCUCGUCUUCCAAGAGACGACAACUCAUUCUACAAACCUGGCUUUAGCUACCACAAGUACCACCACUCCUCUCAUCGGGGUUACUUUCCACGAAGAGAUUAUCUCAAGCCUAAACCUUACCACCCUGAACUGAGGGAGCGGGAGCGAGAGAGGGAGAAUGAGCGGUACGAGCAAAAAAAGAGUGCUGAAGGGGAUUCGCCUCCAAAACAAAACACUUCCAGACCUUUCUUACCAAGGACCUCUUCCAGCAGAGACAAGGACACACAGUUCAGUGUUUUCCACAGUGACAGGAACCAAAGCAAGGAGAAAGAUCACAGAGGGAGCAGGAGCAGUGAGAGAGAACGGAGCAGGGAGAGGGAUCUCCCCACGUCGACUGCCAGCCAGACUAUGGCACGAGACCGAGCCAUCCAGCAGAAGAGGAGGGAAAUAGACGAGGUGUACUAUCAAGAAUGUGAAAUGUUUGGCCUUGUGGCAAAGAUGCUGAUAGCAAAGGAUCAGUCCUUGGAGGGUCCAAUCCAGUCGUCACUGCAGGAGAACCUAAGGGACAUCGGCAAGCGCUGCGUGGAGGCCAUGGAGAAAUUUAUAGAGGACUAUGACUCAAGAGAGCUUUCUCACUAAUCACACUCAUGCCUUUCUUCUCAAUAUAACUGAUAAAGCUUGUAUGUGAUUUGAUGCUGCCUGUUUGUUUACAAGUAGAAAACAUGUAUCUCUACUCCUUUGUUGCUGCCUGGAUGAAGUUUCCCCUUUUAUGUUGAGCACUGCACAGCACUGUGAGGAAAAAAGGAGGAAACAAGCACAGUGAGGAAAAAAAAGGAAACUUUGAUUGUGAUUUUGAAUGCUUGAUACUGCUUUCAGCCUUGAGAAUGUGAUGACUGCUAAAUACACUGGUUGUUAUUGUUUUUAUGUCAUUAUGAAGAAGCCAAAAAUGUGAAUACAUACUUCUUAAAUGCUGAAUUAUGAUCAUUGCCGUUAUAUAUUGAAUUUUUGAUAACUUUGUAUUAAAAUAUGUUUUAAAUGUU